AUGGUGUACCAAGCAAUCCACACGAUUGAGUUCGCACUUGGUUGUAUCUCGCAUACUGCUUCUUACCUUCGACUUUGGGCACUUUCACUGGCUCAUGCGCAGCUCUCGGAAGUUCUAUGGGACAUGUUAUUGUCUAUCGGCUUGAAUAUGGGCGGAUGGGGCGGAUCAGCUGCAAUCUUUAUUCUCUACUAUUUCUUUGGAACACUGUCGAUCUCGAUUCUGAUUCUUAUGGAAGGUCUCUCAGCAUUCCUUCACGCUCUUCGUCUGCAUUGGUGA